UGGCUGUGUUUUUGGUAUUUUCGAUUUUUAACGUGUUGAGUUAUUGGCUAAAGAAACGAUCAUUCGUCGUCGAGCAGCCAAACGGGCACAUAAACGCGUCGCGGCGUGAAAUUAUUUUUGAAAAAGAAGGAAAAAAUAACAUUUUCUACUCUACUACUCAAUAAUAUUUUUUGUUUUAAACAAGGAGAAACACAAAAAUUUUAGUUGUUUUUUCAAUUUUCUUUUUUUACAAACUUUACAAUACAUUUCGAUGUUUUUUUACGUAUAUUUAUGUAUGUGUGUUGAAUUAAAGCAUUUAAAAAGGCUUAAUUAACGGUUAAACGCUUUUGUUUUGUUCGAAAAACAAACAAAUACAAAAUAAACUCAUGUCAAAAAACAACUGUCAAUUAAAAAAGUGACUUUCAAAUUGUCAUUAAACCAGCAAUGCUAAUUAAAACAAAAACUUUGCAAUAAUCCAGCAGAAAAUUAUUUUAAAAAAAAAUUAAUAAGAAACCAAUAAAUUAAGAAAAAAGUUUAACAUUAAAAAAACAGCACACAAAAAAUAUUUUGAAAAUUAUUUAACUAAAAACAACGUGUAGCAUGUGAAAUAAACACGCCUAAGCAGCGUGAUCAUAAUUUUUAAUAAAUUAUAAAAAAAAGAAAUGAAAAAUUUGUGAAAAUUUCAAAAACAAAAAGUGAUAUUUAUAAAAAAAAAGUAAAAAUAAAUUAAAACUAAAACUAAAAGCAAACAAGUUCCUUAAAUACAAAAUUGUUAAACGUUUUUCUUUUAAAUUACAUUACAUGUAAUGUUUUUCCUCUACUCAAUUUAAUAAAUUUAAAUUUAAGUUGUAAUGAUGAACAUAAUCGUGCUUCACGCUAUUGCCGUCCCCAGGUUAUAACACUCGCCUCCAAGGCCAUGGUUAAUAAUGCUCAACAGCGUGCCACUAGUCCAAAUUUUGGUUCAACCAAUAACAUCACUAAUAACAACACUAAUAAUCGUGUGAUUAGCAACAAUUUUAACAAUUCAUUUACUCAGUUCAAUAUCAGUUCAAAUACUUCUCCCGAUAUGGGUCGUCGUUUAGAGCGUAUGGUCUCAGCGCCUUUGUUACAAGCCCAACCCAGAUCAUGUUUACGCCGUAAAUCCUGCCUACAUAAAUCUACACCUGCCUCAGUUGAGGUUACAGAUAAAAAUACCGAUACGGAUGUUUUUACAGAUCAGAAAAGCCGUGCCCGCAAGAAAGUUAUAUUUGCCGAUGAUGAGGGUCUAUCACUUACCCAGAUUCGUGUCAUGUCGGAGCCCUCAAAUGUGCCACCCUAUUGGAGUACGAAAUUUUUGGAACAAAUCACCCAGGGUUUGGUAACACCCCAUCCUGCCGAUCAGUGGACGGUCGAUUUCAAACAACCUGCCUCAGAUUAUUUAGCUUUUAGACAAACUAUCGAGAGUGACUAUGUUUCCUUGGAAAAUGUUAUUGUCAAAGAUGAAGAAUCCAUAGUCGUUGGUACGGUAAAGGUUAAAAACAUCUCUUUUCAAAAAGAGGUAAUUGUACGUGUUACCUGGGAUGACUGGAAGAGCCAACAGGAUAUAUUUUGUACCUACAAUAAAGCUUAUGGUCCUGCCACCUGUGCCCAUGUCAUAUUCGAUACUUUCUCCUUCAAAAUCACCUUACCACCCUCUUCCAAACGCUUGGAAUUCUGCAUCUGCUUCCGAGCCGAUACCCAAGAAUUCUGGGACAAUAAUAAGGGCUUAAAUUAUACCAUCAGCAAAAGAUCGCCCUUCUACUAUAAUGCCUUAUCACCCUACGAUAAGAAUUCGUCAUCUACAUUGAAAAAUUCCAGCUCGUGUCAAAGUCAAAUGAGGUCUGCCCUAACAGAAGCCCUUAACAAUACCACAAAUGAUUCCAAAAACAAUUGGCAUCAUGAGCCCAGUCCCUACUGGUAGAAUAGUGAACAAAACCCUAAUAAGGUUUUCAACAUUUGAGGUUAUAAUAUUUAUUUAUCAAUUUUAUGUAUAAAGUCUCAAAGAAGCUUUAAAGCUUUUUGGGGCUUUUAUUAACAUAAAAAAAGCUAUAAAGAAAACAAACAAUACAAAAUAGGUACAUAAUGUAUAUUUAGCAACUGCCUGCUAAGGGGAUGUUGUUUGGGGCUCCAUAAAAAAACCAAAACUAUAUAAGGUCUAAGGGUUUUGAAUCAGUCAUAACCUAAAUAAAAAAAAUGGCUCAAGAAUGUAAAGAAGAGGACUGUUAAUCAAAAAACAAUAACAAGUUUAAAAAAGCCAACAUUUAAAAUUAAAUAAAAUUAAACAAAGACAUUCAGAAAUACUACUGAAAUCCCUAAAUUAAAGAAAAUCUAAAGGGAUUUAAACUGUUUUUUAAAAAAAUAUAUAUUUACAAGGGCAAUUACAAGAGGAAUAUUUAAUCAACUGAAAUUAUAGGAAACCAAUAUCAAAAUUAUUAAAUGCCAAAGUUUAACGGUAAAAAUCAGGCUUUAAAGUAUUAGUAUCAAAUGUAAACUCUGAGAAAAGCUUUAUAAACUGAAUAAAGAGAGAGUAAGAAAGAGAUAAAGAUAUUCCCUUAUAAUACGAAACGUUUGCCAAACAGAUUACAUGUCUCCCAAGCGAUUUCAAUCGCCAUUUUUUUAAAUACAAAUAUUUAGCUUAAUUUCAGGUCAAUGUUGCCGAAAUUAUGUUAAUUAUUUGUUAAGAUUUUAAAAUGAUUUAAAGGAGCGGUGAAAUGUUGGCAAAAUCUUUUUUAAUUUUGCUUUAAAAAUGUUAAAACUACUGUUAAUAACAAAUAAAUUUACGGUCUGUAGCUUGAAUGCUGAUUUGAGUUUCACUAACUCGAAUUCUUUGGGAAAGAUGACUCGAACGAAAAAAUUAACAUAUUCAUACAAAAUUCGGUUUCUCAGUCGAACAAAUGUUUUCAUUCGUUUUUCGUGAGAGUUCGAUGAACAGGCCAUUAAAAGAAAUUUUGAAGUUCAGAAAUUUGAUUCGAAAUAUUUUGUAAUAAGGAAAUACAUAUGAAAGUGUUGUAAAUGCUUAAAUAUGAUUCAGAAAUUUUAAACAUUGUAAUAAUUUAGAAUAUAAAGGGGUUUAUUUAAUAAAUCCUAAUAAUUUAAAAUUUUUUUGUUUUCAAUACAAAUAAAGAAUUAAAUAAAAGCCAGUAUUUGAAGGUGUUUUAUAAAUAAUUGAAUUUGUAUUGAAAACAAAAAAAAUAUUUGAGUUUUUUCUAGUUUCCGCUCUAUGUAUAUUUUCUCUAUGGUUUAGAUUUUAUAAUUAAAUUUUAUAAUUGUGUUUGAAAAUUCUGAAUUAUUUGUAUGUUUAUCAUUUUCAAAAUUAAUUGAAUAAAAUUCUAGAAGAUUUCUGGUUUAGAAUACUGAAUUUUAUUUUAAACUUAUGAUAACAUUAAAAUCUAAGUUUCUGAGCUUCUGAAUUUCACGUAAAUAGUAUUUGUAAUUUAACAAAGUAAAAUAUAAAUCAUAUGUGAAUUGAAUUUCAUAAAACUCUAUUCAAUUGAAUGAAUAAUUGAUGCCUAAAUCCGUAAGACAAAGGGAUUUAAAAAAAAAUUCAUUCAAUUUUUAAAUAAUUCUAUACGGAAUUGUAAAAAAUUAUUCAAUUUUAAAAAUUGUUCAAAUUAAAAACUAUUCAAUAUUUAUCUAAACAAAACCUUUAAAUAACAUCCGCAAAUAAACAAGGUUUUGUCAAAUACAUAUGUAUAAAAUAUCGUACUAUAUACACCGCGAACAGUAAUUAAAAAAUUGAAUGAAAAAUUUGAAUUUGAUAAUAUUUUCUUUCACACAAUUUUUUUUUUCAUUAUUGAUCACAGUGUUUUGUGUUUCUUAUUGAAUCAAAUGCAAUAAUAGGCAUUACAUUUUUAUGAAUGUCCGUUAGGUUUAUAAAGCAAUAAUAAAAUUUUUAUAAAAUUAAAAUUAGAAACUACCGUACAGGGUAAAAAAAAAAGAAAAAAAACGGCCACAAACAAUAUUAAAAGAAGCAAACAAAUUUUAGAUUCAGUUUAAAGGUUCUGUAAAUGAAAUUUUAAUAUGUAUAGCGAAUGUUUUCCUAAUUAAAACAAACAAACAAACAUAUAAAGGCGAAUAAUUUCGAAAUGGCGAAAUUUUGUCUUCCAUUUUCUAAUACAUAACAGUGAAAACAGUCACAGGGUUGCAUUUAAUGAACGUGUGACAGUUGUAAACAUUAUUUUUAAAUAAAACUACUUUUGACACAUCAUCUAAAUAUCUACAUAUAUAAUUAAUAAAUAAAACAUAACAAAAACUAAAUAAUACAAUAUAAUACAUACAACAUACUAAAGAAACCCCUCAAAAACUACUAAUAUAUUUAAGGAAAAUUUAAAAUGACACCUUGUUAAAAAAUUAUAUUUUGUUUUCUUAUUUUUCACUUUUUAUAGUUUUAUGUGUUAUUUUUUUCUUAAAAAAAACAACAAAAAAAAUAUUUGUUUCUUUUUUUCAAUAUCAGUGAAAAAAAUUAAAAUUUGCUUCAAAACCAAUCAGGGAUUAGGAAAAAAUAUUGAAAAUUCUUCGAAUAGUGGCCAUAUACAAAAGAAAAACUGUUAUAAAAAAAUACUUGGAACUUUUAAGACUGAAAUUGUUAUUGAAAUCAAGAAACAAAAAUAUAAAAAAGAAAUUAUAUACAUACAUAAAUUUGAUUUGAUUUUAUUUUUUUUAAUUCUACAAAAAUUUAUUUAAUUUAAUAAGAAAUCUGUAAUAAUGUUUGUAAAUGUUUGUAACAUGAUUUAAUGUAUGCGUAAAUUGUUAUUCUAGUUUUGUAAAUAAAAUCAAAAUUAAAUCGCAGCAAAUAAUUAUUAAAAAAAAAAAUAAAUAAAAAUAUGUUUAAAAAAAUUUAACUAUAUAUUUGUAGCUUAAAUUUAAAAUAAAAUGUACUCAUAUGAGAUAAGUGUUUAUUUUUUAUAUUCAAUAGUUUUUUUUUAUUAAAAAUCAUUUUAACUGUAGUAUAUUUUUUUAGUAAUUACUAUUUUUUUAAACUAAGUUUUAAAGUCCUUUCUACCUAUGAUUUUUUAAGGACUCAUAAAUGCUAUUAUGUUAACUUUUUUUUACAAUUAUUGCCAUUAAAAAAUAAAUAAAAAUAAUGAAAAAAUAUAUAUUUUAUAAACGAAAUAA